AUGUUAAAUGCUGAAAGAGCCAUAGCUAGCAGCACUCAACCCGAUGAAGAUGAAAAUAUUCGAGACAUCCAUGCACUAACCCCGCCACGGCCGCCCUCCGCCACCCGAGCAGGCCGCCGCGGCCGAGAGGCUUGGGAAACAAGCAGCCAUAGAUCAUCGUCUUUAUCCAUGGCUAGCAAUGAUGGUGCAUCAACUGAAAAUUUUACAAGUAUCAGUAGAGAAUUUAACGCUCUUGUUCUUGCAGGAUCUACAAUAGCCAAUAAUGGGACAGAAAAUGGUGAAAAUAGCCAUAGUUUAAACAAUUUGCUAAGGAUUGGGGAGGAGGAAAUGGCUGAAGAAACCAACCCUUUGGCUAUUGUGCCUGAUAAUAAUCCAUUUCAGCCCAGAUCACCGCCACGUCGUGGCGGUGAUGUUGGUGCCGCCGUCAAUGAAGGUGUCUCUGUACAGAGAGUGAAGAAAGAAGAGGUGGAUGCAAAGAUAAAUGCAUGGCAGAAUGCUAAGAUUGCCAAGAUUAAUAAUAGGUUUAAGAGGGAGGACGCUGUAAUUGGUGGCUUGGAGAGUGAGCAGGUCCAAAAGGCCACCUCGUGGAUGAAGAAAGUCGAGAGGAAGCUCGAGGAGAAAAGAGCAAAAGCCUUGGAAAAGAUGCAAAAUGAUAUAGCCAAAGCACGAAAAAAGGCCGAGGAAAGGAAGGCAUCAGCUGAGGCCAAGAGAGGAACAAAGUUGGCUAGGGUUCUUGAGGUAGCCCACUUGAUGAGAGCCAUCGGAAGACCUCCGGCCAAGCGUUCAUUUUUCUAA